AUGCGCGUUUCUCCUAUUCUACUAGUGGGCGUAGCUCUUACGCUUCUUACUGCUGGAUCUGCGCUGUCCACGGUGGUGAGCUCUGAGUCGGCGAGUUUGCUGCAGUCGGUUGAUGCAGUGCGCCAAGUCGACGUUGUUGAGAAAAGAUCCUUACGAAUGGAAACGAUCGAUGACGACAACACGGAAGAAAGAGGUGCUUCUUGGACAGACCUUCUGAAAAGCUAUAUCCCCGGGACGCUGGCCAACGAGACAUCAAAGAUAAAAAAGCUAGCCUCAACUUUUGCAGGCUACAGAGCUCAAGACUUGCAUCCGCAUACAGUCUACAAGAUCGCAAAAAAACAGCUCAAGUAUCCUUUUAAGAAGGCUGUGAAAUAUGGAUAUCGCUACGAAAAAUACCUGGAAAGUCCCUCUCUUUACACCAGCUAA